AUGGCCAGGCCCAAGAGAGGCGUCCGCUUCCCCCACGGCGCCGCCGUCAACGGCCACACCAGUGGCUCUGAAGGCCGCCGAUCCAGCUUCAGCGGCAGCGAGGACGGCUCGGGCUCCCCGACGCGCACCAGGACAAAGGCCCAGGCCCAGCUGGCUCCCGUGCAAGAGAAACAGCCAACCGCCGAGGAAGAGUACCAGAAGAAAAAGGCAAACUUCAUGACGCGCACCUUCUGGACCUUUAGCAUGCUCGCCUUGUUCUUCACCGCCCUCUUCAUCGGCCACAUCUACAUCAUCGCCGUCAUCACCGCCGUCCAGAUUGUCUGCUUCAAGGAAAUCAUCGCCAUCGCCACUGUCCCCAGUCGUGCGCGCUCCAUCCGCGCCACAAAGAGCCUCAACUGGUACUGGCUCGCGAGCACAAUGUACUUUCUCUACGGCGAGAGCGUCAUCUACUACUUCAAGCACGUCGUCCUCGUCGACAAGAUGCUGCUUCCCCUCGCCACCCACCACCGCUUCAUCAGCUUCAUCCUCUACGUCUUUGGCUUCGUCUGCUUCGUCGCCACCCUCAGGCCCGGCCACUUAAAGUUCCAAUUCACAAACUUUGCCUGGACGCACAUGGCCCUCUACCUCGUCGUCGUGCAGGCCCACUUUGUCAUGAACAACAUCUUUGAGGGCAUGAUCUGGUUCUUCCUCCCGGCUGCCCUCGUCAUCACAAACGACAUCUUUGCCUACAUCUGCGGCAUCGCCUUUGGUCGCACUCAGCUCAUCAAGCUGUCGCCCAAGAAGACGGUCGAGGGCUUUGUCGGCGCCUGGAUCAUGACCAUUCUCUUCGCCAUGCUGCUCGUCAACAUCAUGAUUCGCUCGAAAUACUUCAUCUGCCCCGUAAAUGACCUUGGCGCCAACAUCUUCACCGGCCUCGAGUGCGAACCGAACCCCGUCUUCCUCCCUCGCACGUACCAGCUGCCGGAGCUCUUCUUCUUGCCGCCCAACACCAACUUUUCCCUCACCUUCGCCCCCAUGCAGAUCCAUGCGCUCGUGCUUGCGACGUUUGCCUCGCUCAUCGCUCCCUUUGGCGGCUUCUUCGCCUCGGGCCUCAAGCGCACCUUCAAGAUCAAGGAUUUCGGCGACUCCAUCCCCGGCCACGGCGGCAUGACGGACCGCAUGGACUGCCAGUUCAUAAUGGGUUUCUUCGCCUACAUGUACUAUCACACCUUUAUCGAGGUGCACAAGGUCACCUUGGGCUCCGUCCUCGAGACAGCCAUCACCAGUCUCAGCCCAGAGGAGCAGGUCGAGCUUGUGAGGAGCAUGUCUCGAUAUCUCGCCAACCAGGGUGUCGUAACUGAGAAGUUUGUCGGCUGUGUUGAACAGGCCAUCCUGCAACGAUGA